UUCUGGACAUAACAAAUAAGACGACGAACACGAGCUCGCCGAUCAAUGUGUGAUUGCCACUGCUCUGUUCUGUGAACUCUGACGUCCUCUUUGUAACCAUAAAUAAAUCUAGCAUACCCCUGCUCACUGUUUGUACCAUCGAAUGCAUGAUGAGAACGAAUGAUGCGUUCUUGAGGACGUCCUGACGCCUUGGCUGUUUUUCCCUCCAAGCACAAAAGGAUGCUGUGGCUUGUUGUUGGGGCCGCACAGACAGCACGUGAGAGAUCAACGAGAAAAGCUACGAAGCAAGGAGACAAGAGGAACGUUGGAUGGAGUGGACGGCCAAUCUUAGCACGACGGCACGACGGCCGACGUCAGAGGAUCCGCGUCCAGCACGACUGCACCGGCGGUUAGCACUUUGCAGUUCCAAUACCCACGCACGCACGCACUAGUCGACAGUCGUCACCAACCUCCUGCCCUCCGCUUCCUUUCGCCUCCAUCUCCGGCAAGAGGACGCACACCUCCUAGUUCUCGGGAUCGAAGGAGUCAUGUCCAACCCCGCAGCGAUCUCGCGGCGAACAGCCCUGCUUCCCUCCCUUCUUCUUCUCUGCAUGUCGACACUGAGCCCCUCGCUAGCGCAGCAACAUUCCUCUCAGCAAACGCCCAUGCCAUCCUUCGCCUUCAGCUGGCUCGGCGACAAGGCGGCGUUCCAGGCAGGCGACACCGCGGUCAUCAUGGUUUGGGCCCUCGACCUCCCGGCCGGCCGGCGCUCAUCGUUCUCCUUCUCGGUGUCCGUAAACGGCAAGAAAGGGAACAGCUCCUACAUCACCGACGUCGCCGCGCACCUCGGCGGUGACCCCGCGUCCUGGAACAUCACGUUCGUGCCCCUGAGGGCCGGGGACUUCGUCGCGCUCGUCGCCGAGGAGCGGCUCGGCGUCGGCGUCUCGUCGCUCCAGUUCACGGUCACCGCGGCCGGCGUGCACCCGUCCGCGUCCCUGGUGUCCUGGAUGUUCUACAGCGGCUACGUCGCGGGAUCGAAGGCGUUCGUGUGCGUCGUCCCCAAGGACGCCUUCGGCAACGACGUCGCGUGCGGCACCGACAUGCCGGGCGAUGGCUAUUUCAUGGUGUCAGGGUCUUAUGUCAACGGGUCAGCUGUGGAGUUCCUGGAUUUUCAGUUCAACGGAUGGACAGAAGAUGGAUGCCUCAGCUUUGAGUUUGGGCAAACCCUUGCAGGGGACUUCCUGGUGCAUAUUUUUGGAAAUAACACGGAGCUACGUGAUUCACCUCUGCUGCUGACGGUGAAGCCAGGUCUCCUUGACAUAGCGAAAAGCACAUGCAGCUGGAAGCAUGGAACCAAUAUUUUGCAGAUAUUUUCCAAGCUGGAGAUAUUUAUAUAUCAGAAGGAUACAUUUGGAAAUAUUGUUCCGGAGAUUCAUCCAUUCAAUGCUCUAGUAGUUGACAGAGCCUCAAAUUUGUCUGUUCCAGUAGUAGACCUUCCGAUAGAGGCGGUAGCUGAUGGAGUUCAGCUGCUAUCUUUUAAUGUUGUAGAGCCUGGAGAGUUUGCGCUCAGAAUUUUUGAUGCUCAGCUGAACCAAAAGGUUUCCAACAUGGUGUACAUGUUCGAUGUUUUUGUAGGGUAUUGCGAUGGAUCAAACAGCUUUGCCAGUGGAUCUGGUUUAGCACAUUCUGUUGCCGGUUCAGUGUCAUCCUUCAAUGUUUUCCUGGAGGAUCAGUCUCGCAGCCCUUCUCCGAUUGAGACCGCAGUGCUGCAAGUGAAGAUUUUGAUUAAAAAUGGCACGUCUUACGCAGACCCAAUCAUAACACCUAUAAGAGAACCAAACGGGACGAUAUCUAUGGAAGGACAAAGUUCUUUCGAUCUAGGACCUGCUGGCCUUCAGGAAAUCAUUGCAGGAAAUUCAACAGUGCAAGCCAGUCAAUUUAAUGUUUCGUAUACUCCUCAAAUUGCUGGGGAAUAUGAAAUUUGGGUACUGUGUGGGAACAUAGCGCUAAAUGGUGGAAAUCCCUAUGCCAUGACAGUUUUGCCAGGUGCGAUCAAUACAUCUUUAUCAAGUGUUCUCAUGUUUGAUCCUAUGGUCAAAAGAUCAGUUCAAAAUGAAGUAACUGUUCGACUUGUUGACUCAUUCAUGAACUCGGUGUUAUCUUUGGAGUCAAAAUUGAGGUUUCAGAUAACAUCUGCAAGUAUUGCAACCCCUGUGAAUACUACAAGCUUUAUGACAGGAAACUUUGUCGACAACAGAGAUGGAUCAUAUACCGCUCCUUAUGUGGCAAGGAACCUUGGUUCAUAUAGUAUGUGUGUUCAAUUUGAGGAUAAGCAGCUGGCUCCAUGUCCAUUCGAAAUCCAUGUUCUCGAAGAUGAAUACUUUUCAGAUGUUAAAAAUGAUAGCAUUUCAGUAUGGGAGGAUGAAUCAGUUUCCUUCGAUGUACUGUCAAAUGACUGCAUUGCAGGAAGCAAAGCCGAAAUAGUUAACUCAUCUUCACCACUUCAUGGAUCAGUCCUACAGUUCAACAAGAAAUACCGUUACACCCCUUUUGAAGGAUUCUUUGGGAAUGACUCAUUCUCAUACACAAUAUCUGACGAGCAUAACAAUGUCGUCACUGCAACAGUGUUUAUAUCUGUUCUCUGCAGACCACCUCAAUUCAUAUCUUUACCCCAGCAGUUGCAUGUAACUGAAGAUAUAAUCAGCCCAAAAUUUGGUGGAUUUCCGGGGAUUAAAAUAGUGUAUUCAGAUACAGCAGAAAAUAUAUCUGUUACAGUGAAAGCACAGUCUGGAAAUGUGUUUCUUGCUCCUAUGCCAAUGAAACUUCAACAGCCAUCAGAUGAUGUACUUUCAAUCAGCAGGGGAGGUAGAGCUGGCAAAGACCUGAUAUUACAAGGAACAGUAGAAGCGAUAAAUGGCGGGCUACAAUUUCUGCAAUAUAUUGGAAAUGAAGACUUCUAUGGAAACGAUGUUAUAGCACUAUAUGCCAUGAACAGAAAUGGUAUACAAGACGCCCGGUUCCCGAUCUUCGUUGAGCCAGUUAAUGAUCCUCCAGUGAUACUAGCUCCAAGAUCAAUUUUCUUGGGUGGGAAAGAAUCAAGGGGAGGAUAUAAAAUCUUUGACAAGCAUCGGGACACAUUUCAAUUUUCCAUUGUUGAACCUGAUCUUCGCAGUUUCCCAGGGAACAAGUCUCAUCUUCUGCUAGUACUCUCCCUAGAAGUCUUCGAGGGAACAUUGACGACGACCUUGCCGGCUGGUACCAUUCCCACUACGGAGCUGAAGACUGAAAGAAUUAACCAUUGGCAGCCGCUUGAGGACUAUGUGAUCAUUUCAAACCACUUUGUCCUGAGAGGAACUGCUAUCAGAUUCAGAGGGAAUGUCCAAGAUUGCAACAAUGCAAUGCAGCACUUGUUUUACCAUGGUCCAAGCCAUGGAACAACCUUGUCCAUCACUGUAAACGACCUGGGAAACUAUGGAUGCUAUCCUGACUGUUCAGAGAAGAUGUCGACGCCACUGUCCACUGCGAAGACUAUUCGUCUAGUCAAAACAAAACAUAUGAACUCAAGAAUAGCUCUCAUGGUUGAAUCGGUGCUAGUAAUUGAGAUCCUGACAAUGCUAUGUCUUGGCGGUGUUCUCCUGUAUUUCCUCUUCAAAUGCAUGAAAACUUUGAAGGAUGAGCGAAGAGAUCGAACCGACAAUGAAAUGCGCACACUGGAGCAGACUCCAUUUCAUCAGCGAAAGCGUGCCUUGCAGUUGCAAUCCGAGGACGUUGGAUAUUGCUCUGCACCUGCUGUUGAGCUCGCGUUAGGUGCAGACAGAUCGAGCUUCCGUCAGAGGUCUUCACGGUCAUGCAAGAAAGAACUGGAACUCCAGCCAGUCUCUGAGACCAGAAACAAUGAAAAUCAAGAUGGUCUACAUGUAACAGACAAGGACAAGUAGGUGUUUGAUAGUUUAUCCUAGAUGAACGUAGCGAACCAAGGAGAGGUACACAUUUGACAGACUACUACCAACAUGUGCAUUGGAAAGAGAUAGUUAUAUAUAGAAAGUCCUGCUUUCAUUUUCGCUACUUCAAGGUUAGCCGUAAAUCAUUUCAAACAAAACUGGUUAGGGAGGUAUGUGCAUUCGAAAGGGAUGCUUGAGAAA